AUGGAUGUUGAUCAUCAAAAUAUAAUUUAUGAAUUACUUUCUACUGGAUUUUACGAAAAGGAAAAAAUAAAGAAUCUACACGAAAUAAAAUCAAUACUUCGUAAAAUACAUUUUGAUGUUAUAGAAUGGUAUGACAAGUCUUGUUAUAUAUUGAUUAAUACUGGAAGUAGUAGAGAACUAAUUCUUGGUUACAAUGAAGAGGAAAACAAAGAAAUUUUGGAAAUAUUUGAAAAUUUAUGCUUUGACCGGAGUGUACAAGGUAAUAUUCUUACAUCUUUGAUAGAAAAUAAUUGGAUAGAAUUAGAUCGAAAUGGUAAGCCAGUAUUUUCUAAACGAUCAUUGGUUAUUUUUAAAGAUAAAAUAUUAAAUACAAAUGGUGUUUAUAAAUCAUGCAGGAUAUGCUCUUUUUUGGUUUAUAAAAAAGACAUACAUGAUUAUUGUAACGAAAUAUUAGCAGAAAAAUCAUUAAUUUAA